GGGCGCAGUGGGCGCACCUAAAACGAACAAGUUCCGCGCAUGUGUUGAAAUUUUAUUCGAAUUUACGUUUUUCUCAAUAUCGGAAGAAAUUAUAACCUACAGACUCAAUGAAAGCCGACGAAAAUGAUAAGGAUCUAGCCUGGUUCGAGAGAGGUGAGAUACUCAAAAUGAUGUCCGUAAAACGGAUAAUGAUCUACGGUUCGCUGGUGCCGUUUUUUAUCAUGCUCACUCUGCUCUACGUUCUCGGAGUUGCGAGAUAUGUCACCGAUUUUGAGGAGAAUACAUGCGAGAUGACGUACAUGUUCGAGUAUCCGCAGUAUGUGAGAAUAUCUUUGAAAGAUGAUUUAGAAGAUGAAUAUCCGCGAUUUGGAUUAUAUGCCUAUGGAGAAGGUUUUCAAACGGAAAAAUUAAGAAGAAUGCACUUUUCUGGUAUACCGGUUCUCUUCAUACCAGGCAAUGCUGGAUCUCAUGAACAAGUACGAUCUAUUGCUUCAGUAAGUUUAAGAAAAAGCCAAAAGUAUCCCUUCCACUUUGACUUUUUUACUAUUUCGUUCAGUAAGGAUUAUUCUGCAUUGUAUGGAGGUGUGCUUAUGGAACAAACCGUGUACGUAUCACAUUGCAUAAAGGCAAUAUUAGCUUUGUACAAGGGCAAGAUGGACAAUGUUGUGUUGAUUGGUCAUUCUAUGGGUGGUAUUGUAGCGAAAGGUGCUCUGUUGCUAGCACCAAAUAUGAACGCUUCGUUUGCAAGUAUGAUAAUAAACUUGGCUUCCCCUCAUACUCCCUCUUUAGUUCUGGAUAGUGUCCUUGCCAAUUAUUAUCAUGAAUUGGAAAGACAUCUGCACAAAAUUAAGGAUGCAGGAGUGAAGGUAGUAUCGAUUGGAGGUGGACCACGCGAUAUACUUGUACCUGCUGCGCAAACUUUUGAUCGUACAGCUGAUAUAAAUGUUCUUUCUACGAGUAUACCAGUCGUUUGGAAAUCGACAGAUCAUUUGAGUAUUCUGUGGUGUAAACAACUCGUAUUUACAAUUGUGCGUUCGUUGUUUGAUUCCGUAGAACGUUCAAAAAAGCCACCUAAAAUUACAUCGAAUCCUGAUUUGAAGAUGAAGUCUCUGUCCUAUCACUUUUUACAACAUACUUCGGGCAAGAAACUGUAUCAUUAUACGGAAAAAAUUAAGUUCGAAGCCGAUGCCGAAUGGGUGAAUAUACCUCAACAGUAUGUCUGGAAUAAUAAAAACGGAGUUAAAAAAUCUACUAUAUAUCUUGUGGUGGAACUAUUUCACAAAUCUGACUUCUUAACCAUUGAUGCAAUAAAUUUAGAAAACCAAAAUUGGCUGUUUGUGUGCUCAGCAUUAAAAAAACAAGGCCAAAAACAAAUUUGUGAAUGGGGUUGGAAUUUGACAAAUAAGACAAGACUUUUACCCGAUCCAUCAUAUCGACCGAGAAGGACUGUUGAUCUAGACCUAAAAGAGAUAAGAUAUCCGCACGUUACGCAUGCCAUUGUGAGAAUAACUCCAGAUGAUUUGGAGAAAUACCUUAAAAUUAGCUUCGAUUCCUAUUUUUAUAACACGCGAAUCGAAUCUACAAGAAAUAGAUUCUUACAUCCUAAAUAUCUCUUUGGCUUUCGUGGACCGAAUUUGAUUGAAACCGUCAAGGGAAGUGUGAGAUAUUACGUAACACUUUCCAACAUCAUAGACGCGGUAACAAUCGAGUUGAAAUCGCCGAAUUGUCUUAAGCAUCACGCUAUUGUCGAGUUACUAGAGUCGUCGAAUGUAGGAUCGACUCAAACGAAAAUCUUCACGAAUACAGACGAUGGUCCGAAAACGAUGAAAAUGCAGACACUCUACGGACGUCCCAAUGACACGGCAAGUUUAAGAGUGACAUUAGAACCAGAAUGCACUUAUAUGAUUAAUAUUCAACCUGGAGGAAUCGUCGACAAGGUUUCUUGUAGAAUACGAGACCGUUGGCCAUUGCUUUACAUGGCCAUUAUGAGUUUACUCCUACUUUUUGUCUCUAUAAAGAUACAUUACGGUUCAGAUACGCUACCGACAAUAGUCAUUACCAUAAUGUUGUCCUUUUUCUUCAACGUUACUUACGAAACCUGCAUUGCUUUAUGUAUCAUUGGUGUAUCUGCCAUUGGUGUAUGUUGCUCCGUCAUAUUUCUUGGUUCUGUCGCACAUGGAAUAGCUGUCAGGUUCUUAGCACGUGCAAUAGCGUUCUCAAUAACAUGGUCAGACUGGUUAUUGAGCGGUUUAAAUCAGUUGCCAUUUAUUACAACUGUUCUCGUAUUAUCUCUAAUUCCAACAACAUGUGGCGCUCUUGGUAUGCUCGUCUCGGUAUUUCUUUAUUUCUUGAAAUUAACAAGGAUGUACGAAGAUUAUUUAGAGGGCAUAUUAAUGGCCCCACUCCAACAUUUCAAUUGGUUUAAACGUUGGAAGAGUACAAAGAGCGAAGAAGAAAGUGAUAGAAAUAUCAGUCAAGAGAUAUAUAAUCAUCUUAUUCUGUUUUUGCUGUGUAGUUUUGCUGCACUCCCAGCAAUUCCAUCUGUCUUAGUUUGGGCGAAAAAUUUCAGCUACGAUAUGAGACUCUCUACAGAAGAUCCUGUUCUUACGACAAGUUGGACAAUAUUAGCUGCAUGCAGUACAUUAGGUAUCGUACAGAUUUCUCCUGAUCAUAAGGGAUAUCGCUCGCUUCUAUUAAGCAACGUAUUACGUUUCACGAGUUGGGUCAUUCUUUCCAUGACAGCAGCUCCGCAUCCGUCCUUUUAUCAAUGGUGUAUGCCACCGAUUACUGCCACAGUGGUAACGCUCAUUACACUAAAUUCUAUAAUUCCUCAUGGGUAAUCUGAUUAAAAUGCUAAUUGACAGAAAUUAUGCUUACUGUUUACAAUAAUUGGCAGAAAUAUAUUUACAGUUUUUUCUAUUGUUUAUCAUUAAUUUUGUAUAAAAAUCCGAAUUCAUGGCCAUGUCGACAUAUUUAAAGUUAGUCACACGUUUCUAAUAUUAUUAUAAAUUGAACGGUGAUAGAACAUUACGCUGUGACGUUUAUAAGUAUAUUAUUUUAUAUGAAAAUACUCAAGAUGUAAUCAUGCAAAUAAGAUAAAACUUACCUUAAGACAGUUUGUUAGCACAUCACGUUAACAAUAAUUGUGAAAUAACCAAAGGAUAUUAAUAACUAUAAAACUAUGUAACAAAAACUUAAUUAACGUAUUGUGAUAUAUGUGAUAUAGUAUUAAAUAAGUCUUCAAAUUAAUAUAACUUUAGAUCAAUAUAAUUUGUUAGACAAUAAAUUGAAUCUAUAAUUUAUAUUAUUAUUUA